AUGAAGCAUAACGAUCCGGUGGUGUCGACUCGAGAGACGGAGUACUGGUCGUCGUUCAGGUCGCCAUGGGAUCCGCGGGGCUGGUCGCGGAGGAUAUGGAUCAUCGCUGUGACGGCCAUCAUUGUGGUUGUGGCGGUUGUUGUCGGUGCUGUUGUUGGCACGACGGCGAGAAACAGCGGAAACUCAUAUCCCGAUUAUUCGAAGCUCAAUUACACGCUGAUUGACACUUACUCGGGGACAUCCUUCUUUGACAAGUUCGACUACUUUCACGAUUACGACCCUGCCGGGGGCUUCAUCCAUUAUGUCGACCCAGAUUACGCUAGGACUUAUAACCUCACCAACGCAACGCAAACCACGGCUAUAGUCAAGGUCGACACUACAGUUGGACCAGGCUCCGAACCCGACGCCUCAACCGGCCGCUUCUCCGUCCGGCUCGAGUCCAAAGCCCAAUACGGCCCCGGGCUGUUUCUCUUUGACGUCAAACACACCCCCUACGGGUGCGGCACUUGGCCGGCCCUCUGGCUGACAGACCCCAACAACUGGCCAACCAACGGCGAGAUCGACAUCAUGGAGGCUGUCAACCAAGCUUUGAACGGCAAUCUGGUCGCGCUGCACACGACCGACGGCUGCACCAUGUCCGACGUCCGCCGCGAGAUGAGCGGCACCGCCGGGCAAGAGGACUGCCACAACGCGACCAACUCCAACACGGGCUGCACCGUGACGGGGGCCCCGGCCACCUACGGGCCUGAGUUCAACGCCGCCGGCGGAGGUAUUGUGGCGCUGGAGUGGCGGAACGAGGGGAUACGAUCGUGGAUAUUCCCCCGGAACGGGCAGAAUGGCCUGACAGCGCUGCCGGCGUCUACGGGCCCAGCUCCUGAUCCGAGUACCUGGGGCCCGCCGCUGGCCGACUUCCCCUCGACGAGCUGUGAUCUGGGAAGCCAUUUUCGGAAUCAGAGCAUCAUUGUCAAUAUUGACCUGUGCGGCUAUUUCACCGAGGCGGUAUGGGCCUCGUCCGGGUGCCCUUCGAACUGUACCGAUCUCGUCGCCAACAACCCUUCGGCUUUCACCAACGCUUACUGGGAGUUUGGGGCUUUUCAGGUCUAUAGGGCGCUGCAAGGAUAG